CUGAAGUCGGGCCACGCCCAACUAGGUUUGCUAUUAUUUUUGAUGUAAAAGUAAGGUACUGUACUGUACUGCACUAGCACUGUGCCCGGUCCUAUUCUAUCUCUUUUAUAGUUAGUUAGUUAUGCCUGGGCAGCAGUUCAAAUUGCUCAUCUGUAUUUCUAUUUUUUGGCUGUUUUCUGUGAGUAUCAAUUGUGAGGAGCAGAAGCUAGCUCAAGGUGAGCCACUGAAGAGACAGGAAAGGGACUUGCCUUUUAUAGAUCUUAAAGAUGUAGGCCUAGAUACUGUUGAAGAACAAGUAGAAUUAAAGGCUGGUGCGGAGCGAUUACCAGAUGACCUCGAUUUGGAGCCACAAGAUGGAGUCCAUGUUAUAAAGGAUAUUAUACCAGCGGAUAAAAUAGAGGACAGCAAAGACCAGGUGACAGAGGGGCUGAGUUUUGUGCAUGCGUUCUUGGCCUCGAUUUCUGUAAUAAUUGUGUCUGAAAUUGGAGACAAGACUUUCUUUAUUGCUGCUAUUAUGGCCAUGAAGCACUCUAGACUGCUGGUAUUCUGUGGAGCAUUGUCCGCACUAGGUCUAAUGACAUUCCUUUCUGUGUGCCUUGGUUAUGCAACACUGAUCGUUCCACGAUCAGUCACAUUUUACACGUGUACUGCGCUUCUGGCACUGUUUGGGGUGAAAAUGUUGUAUGAAGGAUACAAUAUGAGCCCAGAUGAGGGUCAGGAGGAAUUUGAAGAAGUUUCGGAAGAGCUCAGAAAGAGAGAUGAAACACUGUCACAACCGGGUCUCACAGAUACAGAGCAAGGUCUGACCACUGUUCCACCUUUAAGAAGAAGAUUGCGUCUGUUGAGACCUUUUGUGUCCCCAAUAUUCGUUCAGGCAUUCACCCUCACCUUCCUCGCAGAGUGGGGUGACAGGUCUCAACUCACAACCAUUGUUCUAGGGGCUAGAGAGGACCCAAUAGGAGUAACAAUAGGUGGCACUAUGGGUCAUGCCUUGUGUACUGCACUUGCUGUUAUUGGUGGGAAGAUUGUAGCACAGCGGAUAUCAGUCAGAACAGUGACUAUAAUUGGAGGAGUUGUGUUCCUAGUGUUUGCACUGACAGCAUUCUUUCACGAUCCAACAGCAACCGAAUAGAAUUGAUUCAAUAGUCAGCAUGCAUUAAAAAUGAUCGUAAUUAUUCUCUGCAACAAUUAUUUAUGACUAUAAUAAAUUAUUAUGUUUCUUGUAGCUCCAACAAUGGACUGAGAUAAACAGUUACAUGUACUGUAGCUUAGCUACUUCUCCCCAGUUUGUACUAAUGAUUUAAGUAACUCAA